GCCAAUCGUCGUCUAGAAUACAAACAUGGCGGACGAAGUUCGACCGUCCGAGAAGGAGGCGAACAAAACGCCGAGCCCAAAACCAGACCAGGAUCAAGUUUCACCGCCUUUAAUUUCUAAAAAAGAAGAUGGAACUAAGCAACCGCCUCAACAGAAGCAAAACGAAACCCGGCGUAUGUCUAUGGCAGCUCAACAACAGAAUCAAAGACAAGCCGCGGGUGGUAAAAAGAACGUCGUCCUCUCGAACGAAGCAAUGCGAGAGAUGGCUAAACAAGCAAAAGCUAAUAAAGAAGAAAGGAGAAUGCAGAUGGAUGCUAGACAUGGUUUUUUGGCCUCUAAAUUGGCCGAUGCAAUUGGAAUUGACCAAGGUCAGAUUGAGGAGUUUAUGAUCUCGGAUGAUCGAUUUGAUCUUAUUGAACCGUUCUUUUCGGCUAAUGGAUCGAGAAAAUUGAUCUUUUUUUACCAGGAAGUGAUGAAAGAAUCCCAUUAUACUCGAGGUACAGACGUUGCUAGUAUGGGAGCUGGCAACGCAGGAGCUGCAGGUCAAACAGUUAAGAAGGUCUUCCUUACAGAUGGUCUUAAUGAAGGAGCUAAGGGAAUCUGCUACUAUUUCCUUAGGUCAUCAACUGAGAAGGCUGUCACUACCCAAAAUAUAACCACAGAUGUAUCUUUUGGGUGGCUAGAUUGUUCAAACGGAAAUGUUCUAUUAGGGUUGGAAAAUAUGAUGUCCAGGGUGGUUAUACCUAUGCUACAGGGUCAAGAAUCCUGGGGUCAACAAUUGGAUAACAAUAAGAAUCAAAUAAGGGAUUUUUUGGAAAAUCUAGAAAAGUUUAAUAGCUCAUUGAACGGAGCUCGCAUGAAUAUGCAAACUCAAAUUGAAUUAGCCGACACUGAUAUGGCUGAUAUAUUAGAUGCCAUGCAAAAACCAUCGGAUUAUCAAACUGUUAUCAACAAUAGUGAAACGAUGGAAAGAUUCGAAGAAGCUCUUGCCAUUUGGGCUAAACAGAUGGAGCAAGUCCUUGCCGAAAGUGAGCAAAUGAGGCGGGAAGCCGAUGACAUAGGACCUAAUGCAGAACUCAUGUAUUGGAAAGCUCGUAUGGCAAAGUUUAAUACCAUUUUAGAACAGAUAAAAAGUCCAAGAUGUAAAGCUGUAUUAGGUGUUCUAACUGCCUCUAAAUCGAAAUCACUUAAACGAUGGAGGCAAUUAGAUAUGAGAAUCACCGAUGCGGCAAAUGAAGCGAAAGAUAAUGUUAAAUAUUUGUAUACUCUCGAUAAAUUCUUUGGACCUCUGGUUAAGUGCAAUCCAUCGACAAUGCUCGAACACAUUCCCGGUUUAAUGAAUGCUAUUCGUAUGAUCUAUUCAAUUUCUCAGUUUUAUAAUACCUCGGAGAGGAUGACAUCACUCUUUGUUAAAGUCACUAAUCAAAUGAUAACAACCUGUAAAGCAUAUGUACGUGACGGUUACACUAAAAUAUGGGAUAAACCAAGAGACGUUUUACUAAGACAAAUUGAUGAAUGUUUAGUGCUGAAUGAUAAGUAUCAGCAGGCAUUCCAUAAAACAAAGGAAAGAUUGAGAGAAUCUCCCAAUGAAAAGCAAUUUGAAUUUAGUGAAAACUAUAUAUUUGGUAAAUUUGAUACAUUUUGUAGAAGAUUAAAGAAAAUUGCUCAUAUGUUGGAUACUAUGGAAGCUUACUCUGGCUUAGGAGACGUUAAAAUCGAAGGUAUUGAAGCCAUGGCCGUACGAUAUAAAACUCUAGUUGAUGCCGCUAAAAAGAAAAGUUACGAUAUUCUUGAUCACAGAAAAACUGAAUUUGAUAAUGAUUAUGGAGAUUUCUUACAACAAUUCGAAAAUCUUCAGCAGCAAAUUUCUGAUUUCGUUGAUUCGUGGUUCGAAAAGUCAUUGACAACGGAAAAAUCUCUAGAGUUACUUACAAAAUUCGAAAAUAUUCGAGGGCCUAAUCUAGAUCUUAAGGAAAAAUAUGAAAAGAUCCUAUCGCAGUACGGAAGGGAUCUAGAAUCAGUUCGUAAAUUGUAUCAGAGGAAUAAAAGCGAGCCCUUCGUUGCUUGGAAUCUACCUCCAGUGACUGGUAAGAUAGCUUGGGCUAGACAAUUGUAUAGGAGGAUUGAGAAUCCUAUGAAAGUCUUUAAAAGUAAGCCAGAUCUAUUACAGAGCGAGGAGACUAAGAAAAUUAUUAGAAAUUAUAAUAAAAUGGCGGCUGUUCUAAUGGAAUUCGAAAUGUUAUAUCAUAGAGCUUGGUUCAGAGCCGUCGAAGCUGCCAAAUCGGGCCUUGGAGCUUCAUUACUCGUUCGUCAACCAGACACUGCAAAACUUUUUGUUAAUCUUGAUAAUCAGGUCAUUGAGUUAAUAGAGGAAGCAAAAUAUAUGAAAAGGCUCAAUUUGGAAAUGCCUACUUCUGCCAUAACCAUAAGCACCAGGGCUGAGGAAUUGAAGAAACACUAUGUUGACUUAACCGAAAUGUUAAAUGAGUAUGAAAAAUUAGAGUUAGAAAUUCCUCCUGUUCUUCAACCUCUGAUGAAACCUUACUUUGAUCGUAUCCAAACUGCCCUUGAACCUGGUCUAACCUCACUUAGCUGGACCUCAACAACAAUAGAUAAGUAUAUCAAAGAGGUUUACGAACAAAUGGAUGAGGUUCAAAGGUUUGCCAAACAGGCAUGCGAUGUUCUUAAUUGCCGAAUUGAGCAAGUGCUUGAGGAAAUGAGCUCUACAGCACUCUGCAGUUUGCCCGAUAUAGAAGCUGUAGAUGUCCAUUCUUUUCAGCAGUUAACUGAGGAUACAUGCAAAGAAGCCGCAGCCGAUCUUGCCAAACAAUCUAUGGUUGUAGAAAAGGCUGUUGAUGAGUUAUUAGAAAUGUUGAAAGCUCCAUUAUCGCCAUCAGAAAUAUCAAAAAUGAUAGGUCACGAUGAGAAGGAUUCCAAUGACAAGGAGCCUGACGCCUAUCAUGUUUUCCUAAACACUUACACAACAAGAAAUACAGAAGCUCUGGUCAAAUGCACAAGACUUUCAUUAGAUUCUAUCAAGAGGAGAAUGCACGUUCCAAGUAAAUAUUUAAGAGAUGAAAUGCAGAUUGAACAAAAACCAGCUCUUUUAAAAGCUGAUAUAGUCCUUGCAAUACCAAAUGUUGUUAUGAAGCCCAGCCUUGAAGAGGUUCAAAGCGUUUUACAAAACGUUGUGCAAAUUAUCGUUAAGAUGGCUCAAGGUAUACCUCAAUGGCAGCAUUUACAGCUACAACAACGCUUACAACAAAAGGAAUUGGAAAUGGGAGCAGCUGAACAAGGGGAAGAUGUUGCGAAAGUAAUGCCUCAGAAUAUUAUAAAGCCCCUUCACAAAAUUAUUGCUGAUCACAAGGAUGUUGUUAAAAUCGUCAUUCAACUGAAUGCAAUUGUUUCAACUUUUAAAAGUGAUGUUUUAGAAUUAUUAGAAACAUGGGCAUGUUACGGUGAAUUGUGGGAAGGUGAAAUUGAAAUAAAGGUUAAAGAAUUUAUGGAAUCAAACCCAAUAAUGACCGAGUUUGAAGGACAAUUAAGACAAUACAACAAUCUAGAGCAAACCAUUGAUGAUCUGCAACCAUCGGCUAGAGUUGGUCCAUUGUUAUUGAUCACCGACAGAUUAAAGCAGGGUUUAAUAGCCGAAUGUAAAGCAUGGAAAAUAGCCUAUGGUAAACACUUGAAUGAGAAAUGUGCCAGGGAGAUGGAUGAAACCGUUGAAUGGUUCGACAAUGUCAUGAAACGGCUAUGCAGACCUGUUAAAGAUCUUGACGAUGUACGAGCUCACAUGGCCGCUUUAGCAGAGAUAAGAGACAACGAAAUUAAAAUAGAUUUAACUAUAGGUCCUAUUGAAGAGGCUUAUGCUCUCUUAAACAAAUAUAAUCUUUUCUUUAACGACGGAAAUGCCGAAAGGGUUGACACUUUGGCUUACGGCUGGAAAAAGCUUAAAGCCCAAGCAUCCGUUGUCCAGAGUCAUCUUUUGGAAAUUCAACCGCAAUUUAAAUCUAAUCUGUUGGGCGGGGUUGAAAAGUAUAUUGUCGACGUUGAUGUAUUCGUUGAAGAUUACGAUAAAAAUGGUCCAAUGGUUCAAGGUACACCUCCCCGAGAGGCAAGUGAUCGUCUCAACAUCUUUCAAGCACGUUUCGACGAAUUAUGGAGAAAAUUUCAAACUUAUUCAGGAGGAGAAGAGCUAUUUGGCUUGCCAGUUACAGAAUAUCCUGAAUUACAACGUAUCCGAAAAGAGCUUAACCUUUUACAGAAACUUUAUUCACUAUACAAUGCCGUUUUGGAAACAAUCGACGGCUACAAUGAGAUUUCCUGGGUUGAAAUUGAAAUAGAGAAAAUUAACUCAGAUUUACUUGACUUCCAAAAUAAAUGCCGAAAGUUGCCUAAAGCUCUAAGAGAUUGGCAAGCGUAUGAGGAACUUCGUAAAAAGAUUGAUGAUUUUAACGAAACUUGCCCUCUUUUGGAAAUGAUGGCCAACAAAGCAAUGAUGACUCGUCAUUGGGAUAGAAUGGCUAAUGUUACAAACCAUCAAUUCGAUGUUGAAAGUGAUAACUUUUUACUAAAAAAUAUCAUGGAAGCACCAUUAUUAGAUCAUAAAGAAGAUAUUGAAGAUAUUUGCAUAUCAGCUGUGAAAGAAAAGGAUAUUGAUGCAAAAUUAAAGCAAGUUAUCAGCGAUUGGUCUGUCCAAAACUUUCAAUUUGGUGCAUUUAAAACUCGCGGUGAACUUUUAUUGAAAGGAGAUACAACAUCGGAAACUGUAUCUCUUAUGGAAGACUCUCUUAUGAUAUUAGGAUCACUCAUGUCAAACAGAUAUAACGCACCUUUCAAACCACAAAUCCAAGAUUGGGUUCACAAGUUAACCGGUACAACAGAAAUAAUAGAAAACUGGCUAACCGUUCAAAACUUGUGGAUAUAUUUGGAGGCUGUUUUCGUUGGUGGAGAUAUUGCCAAGCAGUUGCCACAAGAAGCCAAAAGGUUUUCCAAUAUAGAUAAAUCAUGGAUAAAAAUUAUGCAAAAAGCUCAUGAAAAUCCAAAUGUUGUACAAUGUUGCAUGGGCGAUGAUACUCUUAGUCAACUAUUACCUCAUCUUUUAGAACAGUUAGAAAUGUGUCAAAAAUCUUUAACAGGAUAUCUAGAGAAGAAGAGAUUACUAUUUCCAAGAUUCUUUUUUGUAUCUGAUCCUGCACUAUUGGAAAUCUUAGGUCAAGCUUCUGAUUCUCAUACUAUCCAAGCUCAUUUAUUAAGCGUUUUUGAUAAUACUAGAACAGUAACAUUCGAUGAUAAAGUUUAUGACAAGAUAUUACAGCUAAAUUCACAAGAAGGCGAAACUGUACCUUUGGAUGGUCCCAUAAUGGCCCAAGGUAACGUUGAAAAUUGGUUAGCCGAAUUGUUAGCAAUGUCAAGAAAAUCUAUUCAUUCCAUCAUAAGAGCUGCUUCAAUAUCUAUUGGUGACCCACAAUUUAAAUUGAUAGAGUUUGAAAAUAUGUUCCCUGCUCAGGUUGGUCUGCUAGCCUUACAAAUGAUCUGGACAAGAGAUUCUGAAAUAGCUUUACAAGGUGCUAGAUCCGAUAAGAAGAUCAUGCAGCAGACAAAUCAGAAAUUUGGCGAUAUUCUUACCUGUCUUAUCGAUGUCACAACACAAGAUUUGACAAAGAUUGAAAGAACUAAAUUUGAAACGUUGAUUACAAUUCACGUACAUCAAAAAGAUAUAUUUGAUGAUUUAGUUAAAAUGCACAUUAGGUCACCUGGUGAUUUUGAAUGGUUGAAACAAUCUAGAUUCUACUUUAAAGAGGACGAAGAUAAAUGUCUUGUAUCGAUUACAGAUGUUGAUUUUAUAUACCAAAACGAAUUUUUGGGCUGUACAGAAAGAUUGGUAAUUACUCCUUUAACUGACAGGUGUUAUAUUACACUGUCACAAGCCCUUGGUAUGUCUUUAGGAGGAGCUCCAGCCGGUCCAGCUGGAACGGGUAAAACAGAGACAACAAAAGAUAUGGGUAGAUGCUUGGGAAAAUACGUUGUAGUGUUCAAUUGUUCGGAUCAGAUGGAUUACCGUGGUCUUGGAAGAAUUUACAAAGGUUUGGCCCAAUCUGGUUCGUGGGGUUGUUUCGACGAAUUCAAUCGUAUUGAACUUCCUGUUUUAUCUGUGGCUGCCCAACAAAUUGCUAUUGUUCUAAACUGCAAGAAGGAGAGAAAGUCUCAGUUUAUCUUUACAGAUGGUGAUCUGGUCGAUUUGGAUCCAGAAUUUGGUCUUUUCUUAACAAUGAAUCCUGGUUAUGCUGGACGUCAAGAACUGCCUGAAAAUCUAAAAAUUAACUUUAGAACUGUUGCCAUGAUGGUUCCAGACAGAGCUAUUAUUAUACGUGUAAAAUUGGCCUCCUGUGGUUUCCUCCAAAAUCAAAUUUUGUCCAAAAAAUUCUACACUCUAUAUAAACUAUGCGAAGAACAAUUAUCAAAACAAGUCCAUUACGAUUUUGGCUUACGUAACAUUUUAUCCGUUCUCCGUACUUUAGGAGCAUUCAAAAGAGCAAAUCCUGAGGACUCUGAAUCAACAAUCGUUAUGAGAGUUCUUAGAGAUAUGAACUUAUCUAAAUUGGUUGAUGAAGAUGAACCAUUGUUUAUGUCUUUAAUUGACGAUCUUUUCCCAGGUAUGGUCCUAGAUAAGGCUGGUUAUCCAGAAACAGAAAAAGCUAUUGAAAAUCAAGUAGCCCAAUUCAAACUGGUCCAUCAUGCCCCAUGGGUAUUGAAACUUAUCCAAUUGUUCGAAACGCAGAGGGUUCGUCAUGGUAUGAUGACGCUUGGACCAUCUGGAGCUGGUAAGACUUGCUGUAUUCAUGUACUUAUGAAGGCCAUGAGCGAAUGCGGCGAACCCCAUCGAGAGAUGAGAAUGAAUCCUAAAGCUAUUACAGCUCCUCAAAUGUUCGGCAGACUAGACGUUUCAACUAAUGAUUGGACUGACGGUAUUUUCUCAACGCUAUGGAGAAGAACUCACAAAGCUAAAAAGGGUGAACAUAUAUGGUUGUUGUUGGAUGGUCCAGUAGACGCUAUAUGGAUUGAAAAUCUUAACUCUGUACUGGACGAUAAUAAAACUUUAACAUUAGCUAACGGUGAUCGUAUUCCUAUGGCCCCAAAUUGUAAGAUUGUUUUUGAGGUUCAUAACAUUGACAACGCCUCCCCAGCUACCGUAUCGAGAAACGGUAUGGUCUUCAUGUCAAGUUCCAUUAUGGACUGGGAGCCUAUUUUGAAGGGUUGGCUCCUACAUCAACCGCCUAAUAGACAAGAUACCAUACUGGAUACUUUUGAAUCGAUUUAUCCGGAUUUAUACAAAUUUGUUACACAAAAUUUAAAUCCGAAAAUGGAAAUUUUGGAAUGCAUGUACACCAGGCAAGCUCUCGAUUUGCUAACUGGUUUAUUACCAGGAAAUGAUGAAUCUUCUAAGGACCUAAGCAAAAAUCACCUUCAAAAUCUUAUUGUAUUUUGUAUAAUGUGGUCACUAGGAGCAUUACUUGAAAUAGAUGAUAGGAAAAAAAUGCAAGAGUUUUUCCAAAGUCACGAGAGUAGUUUAAAUCUACCUCCAAUUUCAGGGGAAGACACCAUAUUUGAAUAUGUUCCUGGAGAGAAUGGCGACUGGGAACACUGGGAAAAACGAGUCCCAGAAUACACUUAUCCAUCCGAUUCUAUUCCAGAUUACCUAACUAUUUUAGUACCUAACGUUGACAAUACAAGAACCGAUUUUCUUAUACAUACAAUAGCAAAACAGGGUAAAGCAGUUCUUCUCAUCGGUGAACAGGGUUCAGCUAAGACAGUUAUGAUUCAAGGAUAUUGCGGAAAAUAUGAUCCAGAGCAACAUAUGUUCAAAUCAUUCAAUUUCUCAUCUGCUUCGACUCCAUAUAUGUUUCAAAGAACAGUUGAAAGUUAUGUUGACAAAAGAAUGGGUACAACAUAUGGUCCCCCUGCAGGAAAGAAAAUGACAGUAUUUGUUGAUGAUAUUAAUAUGCCAAUUAUUAACGAAUGGGGAGAUCAAGUAACAAACGAAAUUACAAGACAGAUGAUGGAAAUGAAGGGCUUUUACAAUCUAGAAAAACCAGGAGAAUUUACAACUAUUGUUGAUAUUCAAAUGAUGGGAGCUAUGAUUCAUCCCGGUGGUGGAAGAAAUGAUAUCCCUCAAAGAUUAAAGAGACAAUUUAAUAUAUUUAACUGUACGUUGCCAUCGAAUGCCUCUAUCGAUAAAAUUUUUAAAACUAUCGGUUCUGGUUAUUUCUGUAAGGAAAGAAACUUCCCAGAUGAAGUUUGUCAAAUAGUUGAAAAAUUAGUACCCGCAACUAGACGCUUAUGGCAAAAAGUAAAAAUCAAGAUGCUUCCAACGCCAGCAAAGUUUCAUUACGUUUUUAACUUAAGAGAUUUAUCAAGAAUUUGGCAGGGUAUGCUUGUUACAACUGCUGACGUUGUCAAAACACCCGAUAUAAUUAUGUCUUUGUGGAAACACGAAUGCUAUAGAGUUAUUGCAGAUCGAUUUACAACUUUUGCCGAUAAGGAUUGGUUUGAAUUGGCUCUUAAACAGACUGCCGAAGAAGAUUGCGGCAGUAAUAAUUUAAAAGAAAUGCAAGAGACUCCCUAUUUCGUUGAUUUCUUACGAGAUGCUCCCGAACCAACUGUUCUAAUGGAACCUCCUAAGGAUAGCGAGGGCAAACCUCGACCAAAAGGUGAAGAAGGAGACGACGUUGAUUUAGACGCUCCGAAAAUUUAUGAACCAAUUGACUCCUUCGAGCAGCUCUCCGAAAAGUUAAAAUCUUAUCAACAACAAUAUAACGAAAUGGUAAGAGGAGGAAAAAUGGACUUGGUUUUCUUUGAAGAUGCCAUGACAAAUUUAGUGAAAAUUAGCAGAAUUAUUAGAACACCAAAAGGUCAUGCCCUAUUGGUAGGUGUUGGUGGCUCAGGAAAACAAUCUCUAACAAGAUUAGCAUCUUUCAUUGCUGGUUAUAAAAUAUUUCAAAUUACUCUGACUAGAUCAUAUAACAUUUCAAACCUCAUGGAAGAUUUGAAAUAUCUCUAUAGGACUUCUGGAGCUGAAGGAAAGGGCAUUACUUUCCUUUUUACUGACAAUGAGAUAAAGGAUGAAGGUUUCCUGGAAUACAUGAACAACGUAUUGAGUUCAGGAGAAGUAUCAAACUUAUUUGCUAGAGAUGAAAUGGACGAAAUACUCCAAGAAUUAAUUGGUGUAAUGAAGCGCGAGUUCCCGAGGAGACCUCCAACUAAUGAGAAUCUAUAUGAUUAUUAUAUGUCAAGAGUUAAAGCUAAUCUCCACGUUGCAUUAUGUUUCAGUCCAGUUGGUGAAAAAUUUAGGUCCAGGUCACUUAAAUUCCCCGGUUUAAUUUCCGGUUGUACCAUGGAUUGGUUCCAACGUUGGCCUAAAGAUGCUCUUAUUGCUGUUAGUAAUCAUUUCCUCGCUGAUUUCAGUAUCGUCUGUUCACCAACUGUUAAGCAAGCAGUGGUAAACACAAUGGGAGUGUUUCAAGAUAUGGUUGCCGAAGUUUGCACAGAUUAUUUCCAAAGGUUCAGGAGACAAACUCAUGUUACACCCAAGUCAUAUCUAUCUUUUAUAAAUGGCUAUAAAUCUAUUUAUACGAUGAAAAAAGAUGAAAUUGGAGAAUUAGCGGAAAGAAUGAAUAACGGUUUAAAGAAACUCAUGGAAGCCACAGAAUCUGUUAAUGAACUCUCCAAGGAACUUGCUGUUAAGGAAAAAGAAUUAGCUGUAGCCAAUAAAAAAGCAGAUGAAGUACUACAGGAGGUGACAUCAAAAGCUCAAGCAGCUGAGAAGGUUAAGACUCAAGUACAAAAAGUGAAAGAUAAGGCCCAGAAAAUUGUAGAUGAAAUUGCAGCUGAUAAGUUGAUAGCAGAAGGUAAACUGGAAGCAGCCAGGCCAGCUUUAGAGGAAGCCGAGGCUGCUUUGCAGACCAUCAAACCAAGUCAUAUUUCAACAGUCAGAAAAUUAGGCAAACCUCCGCAUUUGAUCAUGAGAAUCAUGGAUUGCGUAUUGUUAUUGUUUCAGAGAAAAUUAGAGCCCGUUUCUGCUGAUCCAGAAAGAGCCUGCCCCAAACCGUCUUGGAGUGAGGCUCUAAAAUUGAUGUCUGCUAGUAAUUUCUUGAAUGGACUUCUAACCUUCCCAAAAGAUACUAUCAAUGAAGAAACAGUUGAAUUAUUAACGCCCUAUAUCACUAUGGAAGAUUAUAACUUGGAAUCAGCUAAGAAAGUUUGUGGCGAUGUAGCUGGACUUUGUUCUUGGACAACUGCGAUGGCUGUUUUUUUUGGUAUCAACAAAGAAGUACUGCCUCUUAAAGCUAAUUUAGCGGUUCAAGAGGCAAAAUUAUCGGUGGCUACAAGAGAUUUAGAAACUGCUCAAGCUCAGUUGGACGAAAAGCAGAGAGAAUUGGAUGAAGUUCAAGCCAUGUACGAUGCGGCCAUGGCUGAGAAACAAACUCUUUUAGAAGAUGCCGAAGCUUGCAGAAGAAAGAUGGGUAAUGCUACAGCUUUGAUCGAAGGAUUGUCAGGAGAAAGAAUAAGAUGGACCGAAGCUUCAAAAACGUUUGAAGCAGAGAUCCAGAAAUUAGUAGGAGACGUUUUACUUGCCACAGGUUUCCUAUCGUACACUGGUCCCUUUAAUCAGGAAUUUAGAAAUAUAUUGCUGAAAAACUGGAAGAAAGAACUCCAACAGAACAAGAUACCUUACUCUGACGCUCUUAACAUUGUUGGAAUGUUGGUACAUACCUCAGUUAUUGGUGAAUGGAGUUUGCAAGGUCUACCUAAUGAUGAAUUAUCGAUUCAAAAUGGUCUUAUCGUUACGAAAGCAGCAAGAUAUCCACUUUUAAUAGAUCCUCAGGGGCAAGGCAAAUUGUGGAUCAAAAAUAGAGAGUCAGCAAAUGAAAUGCAAGUGACGAGCUUAAAUCAUAAAUAUUUUAGAAGCCAUCUAGAAGAUGCUUUGAGUUUAGGAAGGCCUCUACUUAUUGAGGACGUCGGUGAAGAACUUGAUCCAGCUCUAGAUAAUAUUUUGGAAAAGAAUUUUAUCAAAUCAGGAUCAACAUUUAAGGUUAAAGUUGGGGAUAAAGAAGUUGAUGUUAUGAAUGGAUUUAGAUUGUAUAUAACAACCAAAUUAGGAAAUCCAGCUUACACUCCAGAAAUAUCAGCCAAAACUUCGAUUAUUGAUUUCACGGUUACAAUGAAAGGUUUGGAGGAUCAAUUGUUAGGUAUAGUUAUUCUAACUGAGAAACAGGAAUUAGAAGCCGAAAGAACAAAACUUUUAGAAGAAGUUACAUCAAACAAUCUAAAAAUGAAAGAGUUGGAGGAUAAUCUUCUUUAUAGAUUGACUUCGACACAGGGUUCUCUAGUAGAAGAUGAAAGUUUAAUUGAAGUACUAAGGGUAACCAAGAUAACCUCAGAGGAAGUACGUGAAAAAUUGAAGAUUGCAGCCGAAACUGAAACAAGAAUCAACUCUGCAAGAGAAGAAUUCCGUCCUGUCGCAACAAGAGGAUCUAUCCUCUAUUUCUUGAUAGUUGAAAUGUCUUUGGUAAACGUCAUGUAUCAAACAGCGCUCAGACAAUUUUUGGGACUCUUUGAUUUAUCUAUGCACAAAUCCGUAAAAUCACCAGUUACCACUAAGAGAAUUCAAAACAUCAUUGAUUGUCUCACUUAUGAAACAUUUGCAUACACUGCACGAGGAUUGUACGAAGAGGAUAAAUUUAUGUUCACAAUACUUAUGACUUUGAAAAUUGAAAUGAACAUGAAAAAGGUUAAAGCAGAUGAAUUCCAAGUCUUUAUUAAAGGAGGAGCAGCCUUGGAUUUGAACACUGUUGAGCCAAAGCCCAAAAAAUGGAUUAUGGAUAUGACUUGGCUCAAUCUCGUCGAAUUAAGUAAAUUACCACAAUUCACUCAGAUUCUAUCACAAGUAGCAAGAAAUGACAAAGCAUGGAAAACGUGGUUCGAUGAAGAUUCGCCAGAAGAUGCUCCAAUACCGGAUGGUUAUGGAACUUCUUUGGACACUUUCCAUAAAUUAUUAUUAGUUCGUUCGUGGUGUCCUGAUAGAACUGUUCCGAUGGCCAAAACAUAUGUUGCCGAAGCCCUCGGUAAAGAAUUUGCCGAAGGUGUUAUCCUUAAUAUGGAAACUAUGUGGGAAGAGAGCAACAAUAGAAAUCCCAUGAUUUGUUUCUUGUCCAUGGGUUCUGAUCCUACUGAAAAUAUCGAAAGAUUAGCCAAGAAAGUUGGUCUAAAAUGUGGAGCAAUCUCUAUGGGUCAAGGCCAAGAAAUUCACGCCCGUCGCUUAAUAUCUAAUUCCAUGGCUGACGGUCAUUGGGUAUUACUACAAAAUUGCCAUUUAGGUCUUGAUUAUAUGGACGAAUUGUUGGACACAAUUACAUCUACCGAAAGUGUGCAUGAUAGAUUCCGUUGUUGGAUCACAACCGAAGUCCAUCCAAAAUUCCCAAUCAAUUUAUUACAAUCUUCUAUAAAAUUUACUGCCGAACCACCUCAAGGAGUCAAAGCUGGCUUAAAGAGAACGUAUGGUCUUAUCAACCAGGAAAUGUUGGAUUAUUCCAACUUUCCUCAAUGGAAGCCAACGUUAUAUGCUGUUGCCUUCCUUCAUACAACAGUACAGGAGAGAAGAAAGUUCGGUCCUAUAGGUUGGAAUAUUCCCUAUGAAUUUAAUCAGGCCGAUUUUACAUCUACGGUUCAAUUCGUUCAAAAUCACUUGGACGACAUGGAUCCUAAAAAGGGAGUUAGUUGGAAUACUGUACGAUAUAUGAUUGGAGAAGUUCAAUACGGUGGAAGAGUGACGGAUGAUUAUGAUAAGAGACUUUUGAAUACUUACGCUAAAGUCUGGUUCGGUGAGAACAUUUUUAGUGACACGUUCGAUUUUUACACCGGAUAUAAAAUACCUAAAUGCAAGACUAUCGAUGAAUAUAGGGCAUUUAUCGAGAAUUUACCACUCGUGGAUUCACCUGAAACAUUCGGUUUACAUCCUAAUGCUGAUAUUACUUAUCAAACGAACACAGCAAACGAAAUGCUUGCAACAAUCGUUAAUAUUCAACCAAAAGAUGCUGGUGGCGGCGGAGGAGAGACUAGAGAAACAGUUGUGUAUCGUUUAGCAGAUGAUAUGUUGGAAAAACUUCCUGAAGAUUACGUUCCCCACGAAGUUAAAGAUAAAUUAAGAAAAAUGGGCAAUUUACAACCUUUGAACAUCUUCCUUCGACAAGAAAUUGACAGAAUACAAAAAGUUCUUUCCUUAGUAAGAACAACUUUAAUUGACUUGAAGUUGGCUAUUGACGGUACAAUUAUCAUGUCGGAUAAUCUUAGAGAUGCUUUGGAUAAUAUGUAUGACGCGAGAGUGCCAAAUACAUGGAGAAGAAUUUCAUGGGAAUCAGCAACUCUCGGAUUCUGGUUCACAGAUCUACUAGAUAGAAAUGCUCAAUUCCGUAGCUGGCUCUUUGAUGGAAGACCUCAAGCUUUCUGGAUGACAGGCUUCUUUAAUCCUCAAGGUUUCCUUACAGCUAUGAGACAAGAAAUUACAAGAGCCCAUAAGGGCUGGGCUCUCGAUUCCGUCGUAUUAAACAACGAUGUUACUAAAAUGAUGAAAGAAGACGUUAAUAAUUCACCACCAGAAGGAGUUUACAUUCAUGGACUAUACAUAGACGGAGCUGGUUGGGAUAGAAAACAUUGUAAAUUGUCAGAACCAACCGCAAAAGUAUUAUAUACAAUGCUACCCGUUGUCCACGUCUUCGCAAUUAACACGGAAAGACCAAAAGCAAAUAACUUAUAUGAAUGUCCUGUUUACAAGAAACCAAGAAGAACAGAUCUGAACUACAUUUUCCCGCUGUUAUUAAAAACUCCAAAGGAUGCCGAUCAUUGGAUUUUAAGAGGAGUGGGUCUUCUGUGCGAUACUAAAUAA